AUGGCUCCCCGCCAGCCGCCGCGAAAACGUACUGCUGCCGUGAUCAAAAAGACCGAGGUUACAUCCAAAACAACGUCUACGGUCCGUAAAAACGGCAGGGCGACCAAGGUCGAGGCGACUGUCACCAAGACGGAAGUUGUUGCCAAGGGGAGAACAGCGAAGCGCAAGGCGACUGAAGAGGACGAAUCAGAAGUUGGAGAGGGUCACGACAGUUGUUGCGGCUCUGCGCAUGAAGACGAGGAAAUAGAAAAGCCAGUCGCCAGGUCUGGUCCAAAACAGCCCGCCAAAAAACAAAAGACCGUCAAGGAUCAAGGCUCGAUGCCGCUGGUCGAGCGGACUGCCAUCUCGACUCUUAAAAAGGCCAUGUGCAUUGGUGCUCACGUGAGUGCUGCCGGAGGCAUCCAAAACUCUAUCCAAAACUCCCUAGAGGUCGGCGGGAACGCGUUCGCCCUCUUCCUCAAAAGCCAGCGCACGUGGAACUGCAAGCCCCUGGACGAUGCCGCCAAGGCGCAAUUCCGCGCGCUGUGCGAGAAGCACGGCUACGACGCCGGCAAGCACUGCCUCCCGCACGGCUCGUACCUCGUCAACCUGGCCCAGGCGGACAAGGCCAAGGCUGACCAGGCGUUUGGCAACUUCGUUGACGACCUGAAGCGCUGCGACGCCCUCGGCAUCGGGCUCUACAACUUCCACCCGGGCUCGGCGCUGGGAGGGUCCAAGGACGACGCCAUCGCCCGCAUCGCCCACCAGCUCAACCGGUCGCACCGUGAGACGGAGCGGGUCGUGACCGUCAUCGAGAACAUGGCCGGCGCCGGCAGCGUGGUCGGCUCGCGCUUCGAGGACCUGCGCGACAUCAUCGACCUCGUGCACGACAAGGCCCGCGUCGGCGUCUGCAUCGACACGUGCCACGCCUUCGCCGCCGGCUACGACAUGCGCACGCCCGAGGCCUUCGCCGAGACGGCCGCCGAGUUCGACCGCGUCGUCGGCAACCGGUACCUGCGCGCCUUCCACCUCAACGACAGCAAGGCGCCCCUCGGCUGCAACCGCGACCUGCACGCAAACAUCGGCACCGGCUUCCUCGGCCUCCGCGCCUUCCACAACCUCGUGAACCACGACGCCUUCCAGAACCUGCCCAUGGUGCUCGAGACGCCCAUCACCCGCAAGGGCCCCGACGGCAAGGACGUCGAGGACAGGCGGGUGUGGGCCGAUGAGAUCAAGCUCCUCGAGAGCCUGAUCGGCAUGGACCCCGAGAGCGAAGAGUUUAAGGAGAAGGAGGAGGAGCUGCAGCGCCAAGGAGCGAGCGAGAGGGAGAGGCUCCAGGGCCAGGCUGACAAGAAGGCCCAGGCCGGGGCCGAGAAGGCGGCGAAGAAAACUGCAGCCAAAAAGGCCCCGGCCAAAAAGCGAGGCAAGAAGAAGGCCGACAGCGAGGGCGAGGAUGAGAGCAACUGA